AUGUCGUCCAACCCAGGAAAUGGUACAGCUCCAACGAGUGCGCCCGAAUCAGACGCGAGCCCUUCAGAUACACCUUCGAAUCCACCGACGAGCGAUCCUCCGUCCAGCAAUCCACCACCAUCCUCAUCACCGCCGCAACCGCCUCCAUCGAGUGUCCGGUCAACACCUACUCCUUCGUCACCUCCACCAAAUUCCACUCCACCACCAGUUGCAACGUCGACUGUAAUUUCCAACAUACCGCCAACCACUGUCCUGUCAACCAUUAUAAUCUCACCGUCGCGAUCUGAUCAACCACCCUCGACCGUGGUAUAUACUUCGAUUGAAUCCCAAAUACCAAACACAAGUGCUGAUCCGUCCGUGACUGAUGUCCCUCAGUCCACCACAACAGGACCAGGUGCUCUGGCUACGGGUGGUAGCAACGGCGGUGAUGGGGGACUAUCGCAACCGGCAACAACCGCCAUUGCCGUAGUAGUUCCCGUCGUUGCUGUUGCGCUCCUUGCCGUUGCUGGUCUCUUCUUGUGGAGGAGGAGAAAACAAAAGAAGAGUGCGGAAGAGGACAGGCGCAAGGAGAUGGAAGAAUAUGGCUUCAAUCCGAAUAACGACCCAACGUUGCCUGCAGUGGGCGCUGCGACAGUGAUGACCGAGGAUUCCUCUGGCUACCGCGGCUGGGGAAAUGCCACCACUGCAUCCAAGGGCAAAACUUCGACUGCACCAUUCUCUGAUAGCGGUGCUAGCGCCGGAGCUGGUGGAUAUAUUGGCGGUCACAGCCCAGGCUCACCUCCACAGUCGGACGGACAUUCGGCAGACCCUCUCGUGGGCGGCCACCACGAUACCAUGGACUCAGAGACUGUCGCUGCGCUAGGUGGAGCGCCUGUUGCCGGAGCCGGAGUCGGUCGUGGUGUUCAACGUGGUCCGUCAAAUGCUUCCUCUUCUUACGAUGGCCGAUCAGAGGGUUCUGGUGAAGGCAAUGGAAACUCAUACGAAAAUUACACAAACUAUGACCAGUACCAAGGCAAUGGUUAUGACAAUGCCUACGGUGCGGGUCCCCAGCCUAUCAUUCGUGACGUAUCUGCUCGGAGGAACACAAGGAUUGAGAACCCCAGCGUUGUACCACAGCAAGGCAACUCAGGCAUUGCGCAGAACUUUUAA